AUGCCUCACUACAUUACGCUUGCAACGUGUUCGUUGAACCAAUGGGCUCUAGACUUUGAAGGAAAUAGAGACAGGAUUUUGGAGAGUAUCCGAAUGGCCAAGGCCAAGGGUGCCCGUCUUCGAGUGGGGCCCGAGCUGGAGGUCUGUGGUUAUGGAUGUCUUGACCAUUUUCUAGAAAACGAUGUUUAUUUGCACUCUUGGGAAAUGUACUCGUCAAUUUUGGCUAACAAAGAUACUUAUGACAUUGUUCUUGACAUUGGUAUGCCUGUUAUCCAUAAGGACAGACGGUACAACUGCAGGGUCAUUUCAUACAACGGUAAGAUAUUGUUCAUCAGACCUAAGAUUGUGCUUGCAAACGAUGGAAACUACCGCGAAAUGAGGUUUUUCAUUCCAUGGCUUAAGACCCAAUAUGUUGAGAAGUAUGUUCUCCCUCGCAUGAUCCAAAAGAUCACCGGUCAAGUGACCGUAGACUUUGGCGAUGCUGUCUGCUCAACCUUGGAUACCGUCAUUGGUGCGGAAACUUGCGAAGAGCUUUUCACUCCACAAGCACCUCAUGUGAACAUGUCUCUUGAUGGAAUUGAGAUUUUCACCAAUUCCUCGGGCUCUCACCACGAAUUGAGAAAACUGGACGUCAGAAUGAAGAUGAUAACGGAAGCCACCAGAAAGUGUGGGGGUGUCUAUUUGUACUCCAACCAAAAAGGUUGUGAUGGAGACAGAUUAUACUAUGACGGUUGUGCGCUGAUUGUAUGCAAUGGCGAAGUUUUGGCGCAAGGAGAUCAGUUUUCAUUGAAUGACGUCGAAGUCAUCACGGCCACUGUCGACUUGGAGGAUGUGAGAAGCUACCGUUCUACGAUUUCCCAAGGCUUGCAGAGCAGAAGCUCUCCUCAGUACCAGAGAGUUCAUGUUCCAGUAGAGCUCUCUCCAGAUUCUUUGAAUUUUGACCCUAAAAUUCGUCCGACGGAUACCCAGAAACUGAGAUACUACAAGCCAGAAGAGGAGAUUGCAUAUGGUCCAGCAUGCUGGCUUUGGGAUUACUUGAGAAGAUGCAAAGGUGCUGGAUUCUUCCUGCCAUUAUCCGGAGGAAUUGACAGUUGUGCGACUGCAAUUAUUGUCCAUUCCAUGUGCCGUCUGGUUAUCACAGCCAUCGAGGAAGGAAACGAGCAAGUGAUUUCGGAUGCGCAGUUGGUUUCCGGAAUGGGCAAAGAAUGGAUACCCAAGACCCCCCAAGAGCUUGCAGACAAGAUAUUUCACACUUGUUUCAUGGGGACGGAGAACUCCAGCAAUGAGACUAGGAGUAGAGCCAAAGAGCUGGCCGAGAAGGUUGGAUCCUUCCACACAGACUUGAACAUGGAUUCUGUUGUUUCGUCGAUGGUUUCCAUGUUUGAGGUUGUCACUGGGAAAAAGCCUAUCUACAAAAUCUUUGGUGGAUCUCAAAUUGAAAACUUGGCCCUUCAGAACAUCCAGGCCCGUCUGAGAAUGGUGACUGCUUAUCUCUUCGCACAGUUGCUGCCCUGGACGAGAGGGCGCAGCUGUGGAGGUCUAUUGGUUUUGGGAAGCGCCAACGUAGAUGAACAGUUGAGGGGAUAUCUAACCAAGUACGACUGUUCUUCAGCGGAUAUCAAUCCUAUUGGUUCAAUUUCCAAGCUAGAUCUGAUCAGGUUUAUCGGCUGGGCUACAGAUGCUUUCGAGCUUCCCAUUCUGAGAGAAUUUGUGGAUGCUACUCCUACAGCAGAACUUGAGCCUAUAACUGCAGACCAUGUCCAAUCAGACGAGGCCGACAUGGGAUUCACCUAUGAAGAGCUCUCGAUCUUUGGUCGCCUUAGAAAGAUCAACAAGUGUGGUCCGUACUCCAUGUUCAUCAAACUGUUGCACAUCUGGGAGGGCCAAAGAACGCCUCAGCAAAUUGCAGACAAAGUCAAAAGCUUCUUCUGGUUUUACGCUAUUAACAGACACAAGCAAACUGUUUCUACACCCAGUUACCACGCCGAGCAGUACUCUCCUGAUGAUCACAGAUUCGACUUGAGACCGUUUUUGAUUGACCCUUCUUUUGCAUGGUCUCGUAAGAAGAUAGACGAGGUUGUGAGCAAGAUUGAGUCUGAGAAGGUCCACGAGCUGGAUACAAUGACUGUUGACUAG